AUGAAGCUCAUGAAGCUCGGCACGCGGCCGGACUCCUUCUUCACCUCCGGGCCCGUCAGGUCUGUCUACACGGAGGUGGCCACCGACCUGCAAAUCCAGGUGGAUCACUGCCUGUUUCGACUCCACAAGUUCCCUCUGCUCUCCAAAUGCCAGCUGCUACAGGCUCUGUGCGCGGACUCCGACGCCGUCGAGCUGCGGGACUUCCCGGGCGGCGCGGACGCGUUCGAGGCCUGCGCCAAGUUCUGCUACGGCGUCGCCAUCACGGUGGGCGCGCACAACGUCGUGCCCCUGCGCUGCGCGGCGGGGCGCCUCGGCAUGACGGAGGCCGCCGACGGCCGGGGCAACAUCGCCGCCAAGCUCGACGCGUUCCUCGCCUCCUGCCUGCUUCGCCGCUGGAGGGACGCGCUCGCCGUGCUCCGCUCCGCCGGCCGCUACGCCGCCUUGGCCGCCGAGUGCGAGGAGCUCGGCGUCACGUCCCAGUGCGUCAAGGCCGUCGCCAGGCUCAUCACGGACCCCGGCGGCGGCGGCAAUGCGGCGUCGGCCGCUCAGGCCACGGCCAGCUCCUCGUCGUCGCCGUGGUGGGCGCGUGACGUCUCCGACCUCCGCGUCGACCUCUUCUGGCGCGUCAUGGUGGCCGUCAAGGCGGCUGGCGCCGUCAAAGGUAGAGCCGUCGGCGACGCGCUCAGGACCUACGCGCGCCGGUGGCUGCCGACCGUUGUCAAGAGCGGGUACCUGGUGGUGGAACAAAACGACAUCAGCACGGCCGACGAGGGGAGUUUCGAUUUCGAAGUGGUCGCCAGGAACAGCCAGCUUCUUGUCGAGAAGAUGGUGAGCUUGCUCCCCGCCAAGAGGAACGCCGUCUCCUGCAGCUUCUUUCUCAAGCUUCUCAAGGCGGCCAACGUCCUGGGCGCCUCUCCCGCGUCCAAGGCAGAGCUCGCGAGGCGGGCGGCGUUGCAGCUGGAAGACGCCAACGUGAGCGACCUCCUCAUACCGUCGUGCGCGAGCGAGAGGCUGUACGACGUGGACGCCGUGAUGGCCAUCCUUGAAGAGCUCGCGCUGCGGCAAGAGGCGGCGGCGGGGGGGCCGGAGGCAAGCCCGCCGCACGCGCGCGGACACAGACGGUCGCGGUCCGCCGAGAGCUCGGAGUUCGAGGGAGCGCGUCGGUCGACGUCCGCCGCGGCGUCGCACGGCGCGAUGGUCAGGAUCGGGAGGCUGGUCGAUGGAUUCUUGAUGGAGGUCGCCAAGGAUCCCAACCCGCCCCUGGACAAGCUGAUCGCCAUUGCCGAGGCCGUGCCGGACUGCGCCCGCCCGGAGCACGACCAUCUUUACCGAGCCGUCGACACUUAUCUCAGAGUGCAUCCGGAGAUGGACAAGGGAUCGAGGAAGAAGCUGUGCAGGGUUCUCAACUGCAGGAAGCUCUCCGAGACGGCGUCCAUGCACGCCGCCCAGAACGAGCUGCUGCCGCUCCGGGUUGUCGUGCAGGUGCUCUUCUUCGAGAACGCACGCGCGGCGGCGGCGCUGUCCGGCUGCCCCGGGGCCAACGGCCGCGUCUCCGGCGUGGCGGGUGGCGUCAGGGCGUUGCUCGCCAAGACAAGGAGGGAGGCAGACGGCGAGGAGGCCAAGAACGAGCAAAGGCUCCGGGGCCUCGCCGCCGCGCCUGGCCCUGACGACAACGACUGGAGCGUGGAGGGGCUGAAACGCGCGGCGUCGAGGAUCUCGACCCUGAGGAUGAAGCUGGAGGAGGACGAGGACGCGGACGACGAGGCGUUCGUCGUGCACAGGGCGCGCGCGGGGCUGGCCCAGAGGGCGUCCGCCCGCAGCAGGGCGCUCUGCGCGAUCCCGGCCGGGAAGCCCAAGCGGAUGCUGAGCAGGCUGUGGCCGUCGAGCUCGAGCAGAGCCGUCACUGAGAGGCAUUGA